AUGAUCAAGAUAUACCUAACAUUCAUAUGUCUACCAUCCCCCCUUUUGACAGGAGAGAAAGUUGAUUCCAGAGAUCUGAAAAAUGUCCUGAGGAACCUGGGGAUUGAGCUCACAGAUAAAGAACAAGAGAAGCUGUUGAAAACGUUACCAACUGAUGAUGCUGGAAAAGUAUAUCACAAUAGAUUGUUGAAGGGUGUGAAGUCUCUUAAGGGGGGGAAGAUUCAUGUAAAUAACCUGGACCAUAUUCUUGCAAAAUUGGGAAUUGAGCUCACAGAAGAGGAACUUGCAAAACUGUCAAAAAAUCUGCAAGUUGAUGCUAAUGGAAAGGUUGAUCUGAAAGACGUUAUGGAUAGAGUAAAAGCUAUUACAGGAGGGGAAAUUGAUGCCAGAGAUGUGAAAACUAUUUUGAGAAACAUGGGAAUAGAAAUGACAGAUGAAGAAUGCUUGGAACUGGUGAAUAACCUGCCUUUUAAUGAUGAUAACAAGGUCUUUAAGAACAGAUUACUGGAAGAUGUAACAUCUCUCAAAGGUGGAAAAGUCAAUGUCAACAAUCUGGACACCAUUCUGGACAAUCUAGGAAUCAAACUUGCAGAGAAGGAACUAAAAGAUCUGACUCAAAACAUACAUGUUGGUGUUGAUAAGAAAAUGCCUCUAGAAACACUGAUGGAAAAAGUCAAAGAUUUUACAGGUGCAAAGAUUGAGUCUAGUGAUGUAAAAAAUGUUCUGGAAAACCUUGGUAUUAAGCUCACAGAGAAGGAACUAGAAAAGCUGCUGAAAACAUUGCCAAUUGAUGCUGCUGGAAAGUUAUAUCAUAAUAGGUUGCUGAAGAGUAUACAAUCUCUCAGAGAGGGGAAAAUUAAAAAGAAUAACCUCCUUACCAGCUUGAAAAAUAUGGGGAUCAAUCUCACAGAAGAGCAAUUUGCUGAACUGUCAGAAAAUCUACAAGUUGAUGCAAAUGGGGAUGUUGACCUGCGUGAAGUGAUGGAAAGAGAAAAGGCUAUUACAGGGAUGGUCGACGUCAAAAACCUGGAAACCGUUCUAGAUGACAUGAGACUCAAACUCACUGAUCAGGAGCUUGAAGAUCUGAUACAAAACCUGCCAGCCAGUGCUGAUAAUAAAGUGGCUCUGAAAACUUUGGAGAACGAAGUGAAAUCUUUUACUGGACGAAAGGUUGAUGCUAGUGACAUACCAAAUAUUCUAAAAAACAUGGGUAUUGAACUUACAAAUAAGGAUUAUAAGCAACUGUUGGAAACAGUGCCCUUUGAUGCUAAUGGAAAGGUGUUUCAAAACAGAUUGCUUAAAGAUGUGAGGCAUAAUAAAAGAGGGAAGGUUGAUGUAGAUAACCUGGAUGCUAUUUUAAAAGUCAUGGGAGUCAAGCUUACAGAAAAAGAACUUGAUCUGUUAAAGAAUCUUCUGAGGGAUGCCAAUGAGAAAAUUGAUCUGAAAAAACUGAUGGAUAAAGUCGAAGCUGUUACAGGAGAGGAAGUUGAUGUCAAUGACAUGGAAACAGUUCUAAGAAACAUGGGGGUAGAGCUCACAGAUAAGGAGCUCUCAGAACUGAUGACUAAUCUGCCAGUUGAUGAUGGAAAGGUUUAUCAGAAGAGGUUAAUGGAUGGUUUAAAGUUUCUUAAAGGAGGAAAGAUUGAUUCCAGUAAAGUGGAUACAGUUUUGGGUAACAUGGGCAUGGAUCUCACUGAAAAGGAGCUUCAAGAUCUUACUCAAAACCUGCCAGUUGAUGCUAAUGAUAAGGUUGAUCUGAAAAGGGUGAUGAAUGAAGUGAAAUAUUUCACAGGAGAAAAAGUUGAUAUGAACAAAAUUAAAAGUGCUUUGGAAGACUUGGGGAUUGAAUUCACCCCUAAUGAGUACUUGAACUUAUUAGAGACACUGCCAGUUAGUGCUGAUGGAAAAGUGUAUCAGAAAAGGUUGAUGAAGGGUAUAAAGUUCCUCAAACGAGGUAGUGUUAAUAUGAAAAAGCUGGACACUCUUUUAGAAAACAUGGGGAUCAAAAUCACAGAAAAAGAAUUCAUGGAUCUAACAGAAAGACUGCCAGACAAUGGGAAAGUCAAACUAACUAAGCUGAUGGAAGAAUUGGAUGGUGUCUUAGGAGAACAGAUAGAUGUCAAUGACCUAGAAAAUGUUUUGAAAGACAUGAAAGUAGAGGUCACAGAUAAGGAAUAUAUGCAUUUAGUAAAAACUCUACCACUUGAUGCUGGAGGAAAGGUAUAUAAAAAAAAGUUACUGGAUGGCAUAAAGACACUUAAAAGAGGAAAAGUUGAUUUGAAUAACCUGGACACAUUUCUGGAAAAUAUGGGGAUUAACCUCUCACAUAAAGAACUUGAAGAUUUUUCCCAAAACCUUCCAGUUGAUGUUGAUGGGAAGAUUGAUCUGAAAAACGUGGUGCUGAAAAUGAAAGAUUUUACAGGAGAAAAGGUUGAUGCUGGAGAUGUGAAAAAUGUUCUUAAAGACAUGGGGAUAAAAGUCAACGAUAAGGAAUGUGAGGAACUGCUAAAAUUACUACCGCUUGAUGGUGAUAAGAAAGUUUUUCAGAAUAGAUUGCUAACAGGUUUGCAGUCUUUGAAAGGAGGAAAGGUUGAUGUCAAUAACUUGAACACAAUUCUGGGCAACAUGGGUAUCAAGCUCAAAAAUAAGGAACUUAAAAAUGUGAUACAAAAAGAGCCUGCUGAUGCUAAUGGAUACAUUCCUCUAAAAAAGGUGAUGAGUGAUGUGAAAACAGUUACAGGCAAGUUAAAAGUUGCUAUAAAGAUUAAAAUCCUGGGCUCACCCAGGGAAUGGUGUCUAAGGUAG